CAAAUAAAUAAGACUAAACAAAAUGAGUAUUGUAGACUUGCUAGCGAAGUUGGAGGACAACGAACCCGAGCAGAAAUACGCCCGCCUGAUGCUGAUAUCCAAGGACCUGGAGACUGACAGCAAUUUAAGCAGCUAUGCUGACGAUGAUGGAGACGAUGCCAUGGACACCGCGUCCUCGAUGCCCAGCAAUGUCCGCUGCAAGUGGGCGGAGGGCGAGGUGGAUGUCUUCCUCGACCUAAUAUCCUCCAUGGGCCUGCAGGCUGCAUUGCUGCGCAAACGGAACGCAAAAGUCUUCAAGAUUAUUUCCAAGGAAAUGGCCAAGAGACAGUACACCAAAGGACCGGACAAGCUGCGUAUCAAGUUCCAGCUGCUCAGACGGCUGUACAACAAGGCCAAGAACGGAGGUGACACCUUCGAGCAUUACGAAGCGAUGCGAAAGCUGCUUGAUCCCACAGAGGAGGAACUGGCGGCUGUGGAUGCGAAACCCAUCCUAAGCAGUGGCAGCGACAGUGAAUCCAACGACAGCGACGACGACGAUGGCGACAACUCGCAGCGUGGUGGAGCCCACUUCUGGACAGACGAGGAGGUGGAUGCCUUUCUGCUGAUCAUCAAGGAGAACGGUUUCUUCCGUGCCCUAGAUGGGCGCAAGAAGCGCAACUUCCAGACCCUGGUGCACAUUUCCAACAUCCUGGCCAAGCAGUCCUUCAAGCGAACGCCCCACCAGCUGCGCAACAAGCUGCGGCUCCUGAUCAAGCGAUACCGCGAGGCCAAAAAGGAUGGCCUCAGCAAUGUACGCAUACUGCCCCGUCACUUCCAGCUGUUCGAUGAGCUAAUCAACGCCCCCAAGGGUCUCAAGCGUCGCAGCCCCCAAAAGCCAGCCCGCUCUGCUCCAGCACGCACUGCUGCUGACCCCGAAUACCUUUUAGACAGCGACAGCGAGAGUUCCACCUCCAGCUGUGACCUGUUAAGGGCGGCCGGCGAGAGUGACGACUACGAGGAUGCCUUUGAGAUGGCCACCGAGGCCACGCCAUUGGAGGUGCUCUCCUCGAUAAGCGAGGGACAGAGGAAGCUGGUGGAGUAUUUGAAGCACUCGAACGAUACCUUUCUCAGGCAGCAGCGCGAUAUGCAGAAGCAAUUUCUGCAGGAUAUGACGGAGCUGAUGCGACAGGAUCGGGAGGAGACUAUUCGCCGGAUAUCUGAAAUGCUGGAGCCCAGGCCUGCUAUGUGAGGAGAGCAAAGGAAAGGAAAGGCUGCAUGACUUGUCUCAAGCUUCUAAAAUUUUUAUUGAAUUGAAUUCGAAGUUAUUGCAAAAAGUUGUCAUUAUUUAUAUGUAUGUAUAUAUACUCGUA